AUGGUAAAUAAAAAAAAGUUAAGCAAAACAACUUUAAUCGACUACGAAUCCAAAUUGGUCGAUGUUCGCGAGCUACAACAAUUAUCCGACUUCUUAAAUUACAUCGAGCAUCGCUUCAUGGCAUUGCUAUCAGCUGAAGUGAAAGAACGAAGUGAAUGGGCAAAAUCCGAAAAAGUGUGUGUUAUUUGCAUUCAAAAGCAUGACGGUGAAUGCAAAGCUAAAUUCAAUACGUGCAAAACAUGCGGCAAGAAACAUAACACCUUGCUGCAUUUCGAAACAAAAAAAGAAGCAAACGAAAAGAAAACGACACUGCUCACGACGACCACUAUUAAUGAAGCAACGAGCAGCAAAAGUAACGAAACAUCGCAAGUUCAAGUAUUGACAACGACAAAAAAUACAAAUAAAUUGUUAGCAACGGCAUUUGUGAAUGUACUAUCAAAAAACGGCGAAAAAGUGCUAUUAAAAUCGGUAAUCGAUGGUGCCUCACAGGGUGCUUUAAUAACUGAAAAUGCAUUCCAAAAAUUGGGUCUUGACUCAGACAGUGUGAAUGCUGAAGUGCAGGGUGUAGAGGGACGUAAGUCGACCGCUGGUAAAAUGACAAACCUUACACUGCGACCACAUUUUUCUGAUGAUUACGAACUCGAAACCGAAGCGCUUGUUAUGAAAAAAAUUACAAACCUAUCAUAUUUUAAAGACGAUUUGAAGCGUUAUGAUUACCUUCAAAAUCUUUUGUAUGCAGAUCCAACGAUCAACGACGAAAAUGAAAUCGAUUUGCUGUUGGAUGUCGCGGCAUUUACAGCAAUUAUAAAAAACGGCCUAAUCAAGGGGCCGAUCGAUGCUCCGAUUGCAGUAAAUAAUCUUGAAUGCGUCGAUAGUGAUGAAAGUGAAACAGAACCGAGCGAUGAAGAGCGUUGUCGUGAAGAGUAUUACGUAAAAACAACAAAAAGAGACGACGACGGCAGAUUAAAUGUUUCAAUGGCAUUUACAACUGAAAACGGACCAUGUCUCGGUGAUUCACGUAAGAUAGCGUUAGCAACUUUAUUCCAAUUGGAGAAAAAAUUCGCGAAAAAUCCAGAAUUUCACAAACAAUACGUUGCAACUAUCAAUGAAUCCAUUGAGUUGGGACAUUUAGUGCUGGAAAAAAAUCCACCAAUCGACAGCCACUACAUUCCCCACCACGCAGUGUUUAAAAAUAGUACCACAACCAAGCUAAGACAGGUGUACAAUGCCUCGAACAAAACGGCAAAUGGAAAAUCUUUGAACGAGCAAUUGGUUGUGGGAAAAAUCGAUCAAUCUUCAAUCUUUGAAUUGAUCAUGCGAUGGAGAGAGCCAAAAAUCGCUGUCAUAGCAGAUUUAGAAAAGAUGUACAAGCAAAUUCGCUUAAACGAAAACCAACAACAUUUACAAAUGAUCCUAUGGCGAGAAUCUUGCGACGAGCCGAUAAAAAGUUACAAAAUGACGACAGUAACAUUUGGUUUGAAGGAUGCUCCAUAUCUUGCCAUUAGAUCUUUACACGAAAUUGCUCAAAGGGUCAAGGAAAAAUACCCACGAGCAGCGAAGGCAAUUUUGAAAUGCUUUUAUGUUGACGACUAUUCGGGUGGGGCCGAGACGGUUGAUGAAGCAUUGUCCAUUCUACGUGAAAUGAAGCAGGCAUUUGAUGAGUACGGCUUCAAUCUGAGGAAAAUCGUCAGUAAUUCGCCUGAAUUACUUGAAGCUAUCCCUGAGUGCGACAAAGAGCAAAAUGUAAGCAUUGUCAAAGUGCUUGGAAUUCCAUGGAACCCGAAAAAUGAUGAAUUUGUAUUCAACAUCAAAUUAAAUAUACACGAACGGCCACGAACGAAACGACAACUAGCUUCAGAAAUAGCAACAGUGCAAUACGAUCCGUUAGGAUGGAUCGCACCGGUCAUCGUCAAAGCGAAAAUUUUGCUUCAAAAUGUGUGGAAGCUAAAACACGAAAAUAAUAAACCAUACGCUUGGGAUGAUGAUUUACCGAUCGAAAUUGUGAAUGAAUGGAUGAGCUACAAAUCGCGAUUGAGCGUAGUAAAUUCAAUUGUGAUACCACGGUGGCUCGGCACAGCAACAAAAAUGAAGGUGGAAUUGCAUGGAUUUUCUGAUGCGUGUGCAAAAGCAAUUUCGGCCAACGUCUACAUUCGAUUCGCAAGUGACGAAUCGAUUCGAGUGGUGCUGAUAGCAGCAAAAACAAAACUGGCACCCAUCAACGAGCAAACAAUUCCAAAAUUAGAAUUGUGCGGAGCGGAAUUGUUAACGAAUUUAGUGAAAGCUACGCGAACGAGAAUGAGUUUUAACAUCAACGCAACAAUUUUAUGGAGUGAUUCCAAGGUGGCCUUGGCGUGGAUUAAAUCUAAUCCACAAAAGUAUAAAAAAUUUGUCGCCCAUCGAAUCAAACGUAUCAACAAACUGAAAAACGUCGAGUGGCAUCAUAUCGCCGGGAAACAAAAUCCAGCAGACUGCGCAUCGCGUGGAAUUUUUGGUGACGAACUGGCUAAUCAUCCACUUUGGUGGUUCGGCCCAGCAAUAUUACACGAAAACACCGAUAUUAUUUACAACGACGACUUAAAUUUUGAAACAUCGAAAGAACAAAAACUGAAUGUAUUGCUUGUUCAAAGUGAUAAAAGGUACUCCGAUUACAACGACCGAGCUAGAGCAAGCCGAAACGAAAAUCAUUCGAAUCGUACAGCAUGUGUAUUAUGA